CAGACGACACAGUAGACGAUAACUAGCAAUGGAGAGUGGUCGUGUUUUCAUCGCUGUUGCGGGUGUUUGGGCAUUAUUUGUGACAGCACAUGCAGCAAAACCCUAUCCCAUCGAUGACAGUACUGGGUAUGGACGGACCUUUGAUGGGAUCGGCGGUAUUAGCGGUGGAGGGGCUACAUCUAAGCUGCUGGUGAACUACCCACAACCUUACAGGGACCAAGUACUGGACUUUCUUUUCAAGCCCAAUUUUGGAGCAGCGCUGCAGAUACUGAAAGUUGAGAUAGGAGGCGAUGCUUGCAGUACAGAUGGUUCAGAGGCGUCCCACAUGCACAACAGCUGGGAGGAGAACUACCAGAGAGGAUAUGAGUGGUGGCUCAUGUUGGAGGCGAAGAAGAGAAAUCCCAACAUAAAGUUGUACGGUCUACCUUGGGCGUUCCCUGGCUGGGUAGGGGGACCUACCCGAGACAACCCCUGGACCGACCCAGAAAGACCUGCUUACUAUGUGCUCAACUGGCUUAGGGGAGCUAAAGCUGUCCAUAAUCUCACCAUAGACUAUCUUGGGAUUUGGAAUGAACGUAUGUACAGCAUUCCCUACAUCAAGCUACUACGGAAGACUCUUGACGACAACGGCUUCAGCAACGUGAAGAUCGUCGGUGCUGACAAGAAGUGGGAGAUUGCUGAUGAUAUCCUUCAAGACGAGGAACUCGGGGCCGCCGUCGAAAAUAUCGGGUGUCACUACCCGGGCACAUUCUCCGACCCCUCCGCCAUGAAGACCGGCAAGCAGCUGUGGGCCUCAGAAGACUACAGCACCUUUAACGACAACGUCGGGGGUGGAUGCUGGGGGAGGAUUCUCAACAUGAACUAUGUCAAUGGGAACAUGACAGCAACAAUAUCUUGGAACGCUAUAGCCAGCUACUACAACCCCCUGCCGUGGUUCAGGACUGGGUUGAUGACGGCAGUAGAACCAUGGACCGGAAACUACGCCGUUGAGAGCCCCAUCUGGAUAACUGCCCACACGACGCAGUUCACGGAGAUCGGAUGGAGAUAUCUCCGUCACGGCGCCGGAGUUGGAAAUUUCACCGGAGGAGGAAGCUACGUUUCUCUGGUCAGCCCUGAUGGCAAAGACCUCACUAUUGUCAUAGAAACCAUGAGCCACGACCACUCCAUCUGUGUCCGGCCUCCCCUGGAGCCCUACAACGUCACCAAGCAAAGAGUGACGUUCCAGCUCAAGGGCAGCUUUGCUUCCAUAACUUCUCUGAACAUGUGGUACAGUAGAUUGUUCAAUGGCGCGGUCAAUGUUACAGGCACGAUGUUCGAGAGACAGGCACCGCUGAAGGUUGUGAAUGGGAUGGUGCAGCUAGAUGUAGCUGUGGAUGAAGCCAUUACGCUAACGACCGUGUCAGGGGGACAGAAAGGGUCCUACCCUCCCCCGCCUUCAUCUCAACCCUUCCCGAGCACCUACAACGACGACUUUGAAGGUUACCCUGAACACAUGGAGCCCAACAACCUGGCACAACAGACCGGGUCGUUUGAGAUCAUUGACGUGGGUUCCCCACACAACAAGGUGGUGAGGCAGAUGGUUCUCUCACAGCCUGUACACUGGUGUAAGGCAGAGGGGCGCACUAACAGGUCUAUCAAUCUCAUUGGCAACUACAACUGGACAGAUGUAACUGUCCAGAUGGACGCCAAAGUCGGGGAAGUGAACGGCUCUAGCGGCUACUUUGUGGCUGCCCGUGUGGACAGAGGUGGUGGAGAGUCAGACCAAGCAGAGGGUAUCUUCCUGUAUAUCUUCCCCAACAAAAGUAAAUACCAUCUAAGCGGGGACUUUGAACACAAGAAGGGCAUAACGGAAGGUGAACUACCAUCCAGCAACAGUGACUGGAACAACGUAAUGCUGACUGUGCAGGGAGGAACCGCAUCUGGCACAUAUAACAACCAGAAACUGUUCAACGUGUCUAUUCCUGCCAAUCCCAAGUAUGGAUUUGUGGCGAUUGGCACCGAUUCCUGGGGAAUUGUGGACUAUGACAAUCUGAUGAUUAAGGCAAAACCAGUCGCAAAUCUACGCCAGAAACCGAAGGAUAAUACAUUGUAUUACAAACCAAAAGCAUAAUAAAAAUAAUAAUAAUAAUAACAAUAAUAAUUUUGAUUUCAUAUACAUUUAUUUGUUAAUUACAUUUGAUAAAUGCUCAUAUUUAAUAAAA